AGUGGACGGCGAUCAGUUGGAAUCAAUACCAAUCCCCCUUUUUCUCUUUAUAUAGAGAGAACUUCGCAGAGCGUGAGUUGAGUAGGAUUCUGGACUAGUUACAGCUGUGCUAGUUUCUUAGAAGUUCAUUCCAGACUCAUAAGUCAAGCCGUUCCUGCGUCCACCACCAACUGAAACAUUUCAUCUCAGAAGGAACAAGAGGUGCCGGCCGGGGAAUAAUUUGGAAAGUCUGGAGUAUGGCUGUCGUGCACCGGACUUACGGAGCUCAUCGCUUCAAACACCGAAAGACAUUUACUGCAAGGAAAGAGGAGUCUGCAUUCAUUCGCUCCAAAUACCCCCAGAAAAUACCGGUUAUUGUGGAACGAUAUCCUGGCGAGAAGCAUCUGAAAUCGUUGGAUAGAACCAAAUUCCUCGUUCCUCAAGAUGUAAUAGUGAGCCACUUCAUUACUAUCAUCAGGAACCGGCUAGCUCUAACACCUAAUCAAGCAUUUUACCUUGUGGUGAAGAACAAGAGCCUCUCCAAUAUGUAUACAACUAUUGCUGAACUGGAUGAAGAAUACAAGGAUUCUGAUGGCUUCUUGUACAUUUCCUAUGCGUCACAGGAAAUGUUUGGUGCAAACUGGCCAGGACACUAAUGGACUCGUCUGGGAACCUGAAUCUCCUGCUGCCUAUUUAGUUGUGUAUUUGUGCUACACAAAGCAAUUCGUGAAGGUGAUGAACACUAAGUUUUCCCCUAAAUUCAGGGGAUAAAAGUCCUGCUCUUAAACUAGAUAAUGCAACUCUUUGCACUUGAUUCACCAAACUGUUUGUUUUCUUUACUAUCCAUGUACAUUUUAGGUGAAAUGGCACUCUGAAAUUGUUAAACUGUAGGCAGCAGAUAUUUGAGCAAAAAUCCCUUUUUAAAAUGAUGGCCCACUCAUACAAGCUUGCUAGAGGCAACCUGGUAGACAUGAGACUUUUUUCUUUCCUUCCCCAACACUGGCCAGACUGGUACAACUAUUUCCUGCUUUGCUACACAUUCCCUUCUCACUUUAAUGGCCUAACAAAUGUAGCUUAUGUUAACUUAGAUUCCAGUGAGGAAUGGUGAUUUAAUCUUGAAGCAUUGUAUACAGCCACUACUCUGCACUUCAGUCCUGUUUAUCUCCAGUAGCUGUUCUGCAGGGAGGGAAAAAGUUGGUGGAGCCUUUCUGCUGUUUCAAUGUAGAGCUUUUGUUGUAUAGUAACAUGCUGCAUUUGGAUUUGACAUGAGCAACAUAAACUUACUUUAUUCCAGUAUUUUAAAACUUUGUACCACCUUGGACAUCACUUCCACAGUGCAAUCUAAUCCAUGUUGGAAUGACAAAUCCUAAUUGUAUUGGUGCAGUUCAGAACAAAUCAAAUAGGGAAAGCAUAUCCACUAAUGAAUUUUGUAAGCCAAUAUUUGGUCAUAAACUUUUUGUAACUUUU